AUGAGCAGCGUCAAGGAGCAAGAGCUCUAUCUACAAGAGAUAGAUCCAUCUCCUCUGGAUGAAAUAGACAAUGACUUAGAUCUUGAAGCCGCUGAUGGCUCCUCGAUAGCUGCUGGACGGCUGCCAGGAGGUCAUGGGAUGCCAUCACGGCCGAAGCUGGGUUUAAGCGGCCACAGCUGGGACUACUGGUUAUCGGCCGUUCAGAAAUACUCUACGUAUCCGCCUACCAUCUUUCUGGGGCUGCAUUUUACCAACACCGCACUUAUCCCGCUAGCGACCCGAUCUGUCGCUGAUAGCGAGACCUUUCUCCUUCUCACCCGUCCGAUAUACCAGGCUCCAGGACUUGAACCUCUGAUAGUCUACUUGCCCAUCCUGGCGCACGUCACCUCUGGCGUGAUACUCCGCUACUUGAGGCAGUCUCGGCGAGCCCAGCAGUUCGGUGCGGAGACACGGGAGCAACGGAGGGCCAUUAAGUCAGCGGGGAGACCUGCAAGCGUCCAGGCCAUGCUGGGUUACGCAAUGAUACCGUUGCUUGGAUCGCACAUACUUGUUAACCGGCUUGUUCCGCUCUAUAUCGAUGGUGGCAGCUCUGGGGUUGGACUUGGGUAUGUAGCCCAUGGAAUUGCGCGGUCACCUUGGUUCAUGGGAGCAUGCUAUGCCGCCCUCACUGGCAUUGGAGUCUGGCACGUUGUCGGCGGCUGGGCCUGGUGGUUUGGAUGGAGAGAAGUGCUGGUCACUAGGAGGGCUGCCCCCGGCGGUAGCAGCAGUUCCCUUGGAGCCAACGGCGGCUACUUAGGGUCCCGAAAGGGCACUGAGCUGUACCAGAGGAAGCAGAGACGGCGUUGGAUUGUCAAUGGCCUCUCGUUGGUAGGAACAGCUCUCUGGUUUGCCGGUGGCCUUGGGGUUAUAGGGGCUGGUGGACUUGCAGUCGGCUGGGAGGCCAAAGCCUGGGAUGCACUGUACAGCCAAGUACCUCUAGUCGGAGCCCUCCUUGUUCCUGCUCCCUUAAAAAUAGCUGUUUUAAAACACACAAAGGACGAAGAAGGCGGAAAGGAGAAGAGAUUCUUCGCUGGGAUUAAGAAUACCAUGGUCGUAGGCCGACUGGCAACUAGACUCGGCCUUGGACUGCGAUGUAUCGCUACGAAACCCCAGCUACUGCUAUCAACCGCGAACACACCGAGAGCUGCCUAUCAAUUGCCACACAGGAUGGCAUCCACCGAAGAGAUGCCUAAGAUAGGGACAAUAUCAAGCCCGCCAAAGCAGGGACAGUUUAUAAAACAUGGGUCAACGCUAUACAAGACGAUCCAAGAAGGCCUGGCGUAUAUCCUGGUUGACCAGAAGGACGCUGAACCCGCCAAACCUCCUCCAUCAACCCAGAACCAGAAGACGACAGAAGGGGACCGACCGUCUGUUUUUUACAACCCUAUCCAGCAGUUCAAUCGAGACCUGAGUGUGCUGGCAAUUCGCGCUUAUGGAGAACAUGCCACGGCAAUGAAGCAGAAGAAACGCAAAUUGAAGCUCAAAGGGAAGAAAGCCACCGCGAAAAAGGCAAAGGCAGAUGAAACGGCCGAUAUAAAGAAGCCGAUUCAGGCAGGUACAUCAUCUAUUGGUGAUCGAGGGGAGGUAAAGGAUUGUGAGACUGCUGUGAACAAAAGAAGGAGGGACGAAGACGAGACCACAGCCGAAGACAUUCCCAUGAAGAAGCUCUGCACCGAAGCAUCAUCCAAUGGCGAAGGGAUAGCCAUCACAGCUGCGGAAGAGCUUACUCUGCUGGCUGAAGAUGGAGCCGCCAAAGAAAGCGCAGAGAAGCCGGCUGAAAGCACGGUACCCAAACCAUGGACCCCGUCAUUUACUAUACUGGAUGCCUUAUCAGCCUCGGGGCUUCGAGCUCUGCGUUAUGCAAAGGAGAUCCCCUUUGCAACUCGCGUUGUUGGAAACGAUCUUUCCGCGGCGGCCAUCGAGUCUAUGAAGUUAAACGUCCAACAUAACGAUCUAGAUGAUAUAGUUCACCCAAACAAGGGCGAUGCUUGCGCCUAUAUGUAUACGGUUGGUCGUACUCAAUGGUCCUCCAGCGAGCCUGGUGGCAUCCCAAAGUUUGACGUUGUUGACUUGGACCCUUAUGGAACUGCAGCCCCAUUCCUAGACGCAGCUGUCCAAUCAGUUGCCGAUGGCGGACUACUAUGUGUUACCUGCACUGAUGCCGGAGUCUUUGCGGGAGCUGGAUACCCAGAGAAAACAUUCGCCCUUUACGGCGGUAUUCCAAUCCGUGGGCCUCACUCUCAUGAAGGCGGGCUGCGCUUGAUUCUACAUGCUAUAGGCACUACUGCUGCUAAGUACGGUCUAGCUAUUGAACCUAUGCUGUCCUUAUCAAUCGACUUUUACGCUAGAGUCUUUGUUCGUAUCCACAAGUCCCCCAUGGAGGUCAAGUUCGCGGCUAGCAAGACCAUGGUUUCCUUCAAUUGUGAUCAUGGUUGUGGCUCGUGGAAGACUCAGCGCCUUGCUGAGAGAAAGCCGCAAACAGGCAAAGAUGGAAAGCCUUUCUAUAGUUACAGACUUGCUCAGGGCCCGACUACUACUCCAAACUGCGAGCAUUGUGGUUUCAAGACACAUCUCGCUGGACCUAUGUGGGCUGGCCCCUUGCAUAAUCCUGUCUUCAUCCAGCGUAUCCUUGACUUAACCGCUGGUGCGGAUAGGGAUACUUACCAAACAUGUCCCCGUAUAGAGGGCAUGCUGACUACUGCUCUUGAGGAGGACUUGGAUCUCGACGGAAGCGCAAAGGAGCCUACCCCGGAAAUAGAACCAGCACAACCUGUUAACCACAACCAAGAAGUAUCUCUUCUCAUACCUAGAGUCGAUCCUGCACUUAUCGAACCAUACCCAUUCUUCUUUAUUGUGAGCAAUCUCUCUCGUGUUCUUCGUACUUCGACAAUGCCAGAAAAUCAAUUCCAUGGUGCCUUGCGAAAUCUAGGGUAUAGAUCUACUCGAAGCCAUGCCAAGCCAAACUCAAUACGGACUGAUGCCCCCUGGGAAGUUAUCUGGGAGAUCAUGCGGGAAUGGAUUCGCCUUAAGUCGCCUAUCAAACCUGGAGCGCUUUCAGACUCAACAGCCGGUGCUGGUAUCCUACGAAGGAAGCGACACACACUUAACCCUGUACCAGGGGAAGCCCCUGGAUUGAAGGCGCUAAAGCGUGACCUCCUUAUUGCAGUUGAUUCUGGUAAGAGCAUCGCGGAUGUCACAAUGAUGGUUGAAUCCGCGCUGUAUCGUUCAGGGGUACAUCAGUCAAUAGAAACCACUGAAAGACAUACAUUAGACGAGGAGGAGAAAAAAGAACGGAAUAAUGAUAAAAAAGAAGACAAUGGCAAUGCGAAAACGACCCGUUCACCCUCGCCUCGGCCUGAUAGUAGCACACUCAAUGUUGUCUUUGAUGAAGAGCUGGGAAGGAAAGCCUUGGACUCACAUCGCCGGAAACGUUUGAAGAGAUAUCAAGCAAACCCCAGGCCCAAUUGGGGACCAAUUGCGCGAGCUCAUGUUACCAAUACUAACAAGGGGACCAGCUAA